CCGGGGAGGAGGAGGAGGAGGAGGAGGAGGAAGAGGAGGAAGAGUAGGCGAUGGGGAAACACGAAGAAGAGGAUGAGGAGGAGAGGGAAGACGAGCAGGUAGUGGACGAGGAGGAAGAUAAAGGAGGAAGACAAGAGGAGGAGGAAGCUAUGGUGGAGAAGGACGACGAGGAGGACAAAGACGAAGAGGAAGAGGAGGACGUAGAGGAGGAGGAGAAAGCUAUGGAGGAGGAGCAGGGAGAAGACGGGGAUGAAGAUGACGACGAAGACGAGGACGAAGAGGAGGGGGAAAGAAGAGGAAGACGAGGAGGAAGACGAGAAGAAAGACGCCAUGGAGGAAGACUAGAGGAGGAGGACGAAGAGGAGGAAGAAGAGGAGGAGGAGGAAGACGAGGAGGAAGACGUGGAGGAUGGCGUGGAGGUAGAGGAGGUGGAGGAGGAGGCUAUGGAGGAGGAGAAGGACGAGGACGAGGAGGAGGAGGAGGAGGCGAUGGAAGAGGAGGUGGACGAUGACGAAGAGGAGGGAGACAAGAAAGGGGAGGAAGAGGAGGAGGAGGAGGAAGAGGAGGAGGAGGAGGAGGAGGAGGAGGAGGAGGAGGAGGAGAUGGUGAGCGCGUACCUCCUGUGAUGGUUGGCAACGGUGACGAAGACGACGACGGUGGCAGCAGCUCCGGGGUAGCAUGUGGGCACCAGCGAC